AUGUUGAGUGGCACAUCGCCCCCAUUGCGCCGUUUGGCGGAAGUCUUGACGCGCAUCGAGGACCUCGCCUUCAUUCUGUGCUGGGCAGAUGAAGGAGGAAAUGUCGCCGAAAUCGAGCUGACUCGCUUGGGCUUGCACUUCAAGGGCAACUCCAGAGGCGGACUUGAAUGCCUUGGCUUCAAUGGUCUUUGUAUAGCAGCUUCAGAUUUGUCACAGUCAUCCUCCAAAGUGAGGAAGCUGCUCGCACAAUUUGCUGGCGCAGCUCUUCUGUUGAAGGGCCCAGACGGAGAGUUGGGCGUGGUGAGCUCGGCCUUGCAGCGGCCGCGGCGCCCUGGUGGGGGGCCGAUGCCCCUCGAAUGGGUGGCACCCCUGGUGUUUGACCGUACCGAGUUUGGUGGGAUUGGCAACGACAAGUCCGGGCACUACUUUUUCUCGAUCCAUCCAUCUCAUUGCUACGCCUUUGCCCAGGAUUUAGCCGCAGAACUUUAUCGUUUGACGUGCUGCUGGCUGAUGCACCAGUACGAAGAGGUGGUCCGAGCUGCCAGCUCUCUGGGCUGCGAUGGCUUGAGUCCAACGGAGUCAGCGCUUUGGAUGCGCCUGGGCGCUGAGACGGCGAACGACCAACAUGUGGAUGCACAAGCUUGCCGGCUUCACCUCUCUGCUGCGCUGCAGCCUCUAGGACUUGAUUCUCCCUGGUCCGUCAGAGAUGUGUACAUCCAGUACGUUCUGAACCGUCACAGAUGCUCGGCCAGCUGCAUGCUGACGCCAGAGCUCGAACUGCAGGUGCUGCGGAUGCUCCCAGAGUUGGAUGGCUUAAGUUGGCUUCUUCGCAAUCGACGGAGGGUGCUUGAGGCGCAGAGUGGAGUGCUGGUGUCCUUGGAGCCAGCUCCACUUGCACCAAGUGAUGGCUACGAGGUGAAGGUGUUCUCGGAGGCGAAUUCAAAAGACUGGACGGCUUCUGUGAGCCUGGCAUUGCCGGUGGAGGAGAGCAGGCAAAGACUGGCUUGGUGGCCCUGCGCUUCAUUGAGCAGCAGCUGGCAAACGGUCCGCUGUCCAUGCAGUUCCUCUUUGAGGCGCUCACACGCGCCGUAA